AUGGUUUUCUUCUUGACUCACAUCCGUGGGAUUUUUGCUCGUUCGCACACGCGAAGUCAGGAGAUUUUACUCUCUAGACAGGCGUUUUUCCGACUAUUGGGAUAUUUGGCAAGUUGUGUGGUCUUUUCGUUGGCCGCUCAGGGACACGUCUAG